AUGAACUCCAAUUUAUGCGCGUUCCACUCCUUCCCGCGGCUUCCCUCGCCAUGUCCCAAUGCAUCCUCCCGCGUUCCGCAUUGCGUCCCCUUCUUUCUCGCAGCUUCCCUAGGUCGAAUCAACUCCACGGACAAGGAUUCUUCAGCCAGCUGGGACUCCCCUCUCCUCCAGCCGCUCAUUGCCGCGGGACUGGCAGCGGCAUUCCUGGCCUCCGCCCCCCGUGUUCUUGCGGAAGCCGCUGUUGCUGCCGCUGAUGGCGCAGCGGCUGGUUCCGCCGCAUCAGCAGCGGCGCAGGCGUGCGGGGAGCUGCUGGGCGGGGCGGACUUCAACACUGUGGUGGCCGUGACGUGCGCGCUCGAGUUCAUUGCGCUCACUGGCGCUGCCGUGGGAGGGUACAUGGCAUUGCAGCAGGGGGCGGAGAUGGAGCGCAUCAAUAAGCAGUUGAGGCAGAUCAACAUGAGCCUCAAGAGGCAGGCCCGCUUGGACGCUCCCUCCCUCGCCUACUCCCCGCCUCCUCCUAGCGCCGCCUCGCCUGCAGCCGGCACCAGCCGCAUAGCAGAGACAGCAGCAGCUCCCGCUGCUGACGCACCUGCAGAAACAACCAGGGCAACGGCUGUUGGUGAAAUGGCUCGUGGUGGGAGUGAUGAGAGGGCAGAGCUGCUCCGCAUUCUGAAAGAGGGGAAGAAGCACCUGCGGGAUGGGCACCCAGGGUCGGCAUUUGUGGAGUUCCAUGUGGCUCUGAGCAAGGCAAAGGAGCUGGGAGAUGCGGUUGAAGAGAAGAAAGCUGCCAGAGGACUUGUGGCGAACAUUUACGACGACAACGCGUCGAACGCGUCGUUCGCAAACGACCUGCGGCGCUUCUCGUAUCGCGAGCUGCAGGCGGCCACGGGGCGGUUCCGGCGCGGCAACCUGCUGGGCGAGGGCAGCUUCGGCAAGGUGUACCGCGGCUCCGUGCCGGACUGGCUCGGCGAGCUGCCACGUGGACAGAAGCGCAAAGUGGCGAUUAAAGUGCUCGAUGCUGAUAGCUUUCAGGGCUUCGGCGAGUGGAUGUCGGAGGUGCUGCUGCUGGGGAGGCUGAGCCACCCCAACCUGGUGCGCCUGCUGGGCUACAGCACGGACAGGGAGGAGGCCAUCCUCGUUUAUGAGCUCCUCAGUAACGGCAGCCUCGACGCCUGGCUUUUCUCAGACGACUCCAGCAGCAGUCGUGUGCAGCGGGUGCUGACGUGGGAGGAGCGGGUGCGCAUCGCACUGGAUGCGACCAUGGGGCUGGCGCACCUGCACGCGGAGAACAUCAUUCACCGCGACUUCAAGUCCUGCAACAUCCUCCUCGACCACAGCAUGCGAGCGAAGCUGACGGACUUUGGCAUGGCGACGGUGGGGCCAGAGGCGGGGCAGACGCACAUAUCCACGCGCGUGCUGGGCACCAUGGGGUACCUCGACCCCAAGUACCUCGAGACAGGCCACCUGACUCCCAAGAGUGACAUAUACGCGCUGGGGGUCGUGUACCUGGAACUCCUCACUGGCCGCCCGCCCUCAAGCGACGACGACCAGGAUGCCAACGGAGAGGGCGGCUUGACAGCCUGGAUUCGGCCACACAUCUCAGUGCGCCGCCCGGAUCUAGACAUCAUCUUGGACCCGCGAUUAAAGGAACAGUUCUCUCGCGUUGCUGCGCAAAAGCUUCUGGUUCUAGCCAAGCACUGCAUCAGAGAGGACCCGGUGGCACGGCCGCAGAUCCAGGACCUGGUGAAGUCGAUGCAGCACAUCGUUGCCAUCGGGCAUUCUAGAUCCGACUCCAGUGGGUCGACCAUGUCAGGUCACAGCAGAUCAGCCUCCCUUGUCUCCGCCACAUCCGGGGGGCACAGCCGAUCCGCCUCUGCUUCUUCAGCUUCUGCUACUGAGGCUGCAGUGAGCAGUAUCGCAGACAGGAACGGUGGUAGAGACGCUAGCGGCCGACGGAGUGGGGAAGGGCGGAACUCCUGGCGCUCGUUGUCAUGCAGAGAUGCCGGGGGAGGAAGCGACAGAGGCGCAGAGAAUGGGAUUGAUGACGGGUCAUAUGUUAAUGCUGGCAAGGCGGUGUUUCAAGAUGCUGCUCCAAGGUGCUGCUCAGCGGAGCUCCACGCGGGGAAUCUCCGCGCAAUCCGCAUCGGGGUACACGAGCAGGCGAGAUUCGCGAACCGUCCUUUCGUUACCCUCCCCCUUGCAGCGGGGCUGCCAGGCAUCCCUCGUGAUCCAUUCACGGCUUGA